CUUCCAGACAAUAUAUACUUCGCACCAAUCUGUGCAGACUGUCAGUCACGCUGUGAACAAGCAUCAGAAACACACGCGGCACCGGCAGCAUCUCUGGAUUUCACCCCAUUAACAGGGGAAAAAAAAACAUUCCCUCAUGAGAAUUAACUUAUUCCCUUAUCCUACAUAACCCACCUUAUCUACCAUAAAUUAUACUACCUAUAUAGAACACUAGACAGAAGCAGUGACUUCCAGAGCCUGCCAGACUUCUCAUCUCAGGAGGGUGUUCCCUCUUCUGUUAGUCUGGAGUCCAGCACAUGGAAACCCAUGACUCCAUCCUGUUUUAGUGCUGAACAUUACAGUUUGUCUCACACGGUUUACACUCACAGCCAUGCCGAAAGAAGAUCUCAGUUGCAAGAUCAGCUCGGUUUACAAGCAUAAGGAGCGCAAGCCCAAGAAGCCCCAUUACAUCCCCCGGCCAUGGGGCAAGCCAUACAACUACAAGUGUUUCCAGUGCCCCUUCACCUGCAUGGAGAAAUCCCACCUUUACAACCACAUGAAGUACAGUCUAUGCAAGAAUUCACUGUCCCUGCUCAUUGAGUCUGACUGGCCCUACAAGAAGGGUAACAUCCUGCACCCUGACCAACUCCGCCCACUCCCUCCUGGGACCUGCCUGAGGGGGAGAGGUGAGGCAGAGCCUGCCCAUGGCAGUGAUGCACCAACCAGGGAAGCCGUGCAGGACAACCACCUCAGGGGAGAGAGGGAGGAGCCUGAUGAGGGGGAGGAACAUAAAGAAGAGGAUGCUCCAUCAUCCAAAGUGAACCAGAAGAAGCCUCACAGUAGCAGCAACAACAACAAAAGGGGCAAGCAAGCAGAGGCAGAUUUUGUGAUCACGGAUGUCUUUUCCUUGGAGGAUCAGCUCCUCAAUGCCAGGGAAGUGGAGGCCAAAUUGAAGCACUACAAGUUCUCCAAGAACUGUCUAAGUGGCCCCAGCCUGUUCUCAGAGCAGUGGCAUCUUCUGGCCACCGGACACAGGAAGAGUAACCCUGAGGGUUCAUUACCUUGUCCUGAUGGGGGAUCCAUACCUUGCUACCCUCCACCCCCAGCCUUCGCAGACUGCCAGGACCCUUCUGGACUUAAUCUGUCAGUCCUGGGGGUCAGCUACCCACUGAGCCCAGGCAUGUUCUCCUACAUCAACCCUGCAGUAGCUGGCACUCAUGCCCAACUUGCCCAGCUGCCCUUCUUGGCAUCGGCUGCCCAGCUCAUGCAAACUCCCUCUGCCACCGUCCAACAAGCAGAUCGGGCCAUCCUGCCACCCAGCUUCUACUGCCCUCUUCUCUAUGAACACGCUUUUGGUUCUGCUCAGGACGCUGGAAAGGGGGCUAAACUGGGUCAAUCCUCCCCAGCCAGUAUGGAACCCAACCCCCCCCCUACCUUCCCACCCAAAAUCAGCCUCUGGAAAGUCCCAGCACUGCGUCCCACCACUGCCACUGCCACUGCCACCCCUCCCCCAGCAGCGUGGUCUGCCCACCAUCAGGCUGCGUUUGUCUCAGAGGCUGGCUACAGAACAGUAGAGAAGAAGCUCCAAGCACCCAUCAAGGAAGACAAAACGGGAGGCUGGAGCCACAAGGCUGCAGUGGAAGUGACGUCACUGAGAGAGAAAGGGAGCAAGCGCACAGGUGAGCCCCUGGAGAGUGAGGAAUCCCCCCCAGAGAAGAAGCCUCACUUGGGGUGCAAGCUGGACUUCCUGAAGAACCUCCAUGGCAACCCAACAUUUUCCGCUGCUACAGACCAACUUUUCCAGAGCAGUUUUCGAACAGCUCUCCAACAGUCCAUGCCUACAGAAGAGUGGUACUUGGACCUUAGAAAGUACCAUUCUGAGAACCAGGAGAAAGCAGCUCUCCCUCCCAGACCUCUCUCCCCCUUGAAGCCUGGUAAGGCACUGGGGAAUGGAGCAGGUAGGCGGGAUGAACUGGAGGAGUCAGUGGUCCUGCUGGGGGACCUCUCAAAAGCACUGCAGGAGUACCAGGAGGCGGAGAGGAAGAUUGCUAAUCUGGUACAAGAUAAUGUUCCAGAACAACGCUACCUGAGAGAGCAUCUCUGCAAGAUCCGCAGUGAGUUGUUACACGUCCACCAGGCACUUGAAAAGACAACCAGGCAGCCAGAAGGACCCCUGGAUCUCUCAGUCAAGAAGACUGUAGAACCAGCAGGGGCCGACAAAGAUCAAGGGUCUCAGGGCAAAGGGUGUUUCCCAGAGGAAACAGAGGAGGACGAGGAGGAAGAAGAAGAGAAAGCAGUAGAGAGUGUGUCAGAGGGCCUACUGCAGGAUUCUCGAAGUCAGUCUCUUGAACUGCUGAUCAAAAUGAGCCGUGCCUCUGAGCUGAGCCUGGGAGCUGUGGUGAAGACAGAGGUGGUCUUGCCCAGUGGGCUACGCCCAUCCCCUGCUGAGGCCCUGUGGCCCAGCCGAACUACGAAAUGCGAGGCGGACUCCAGCAUGCUGCUGUGUCCUGAUGGCCACUCCACCUCCCUGGUCUUCACAGAAUUCACCCCCUGCUCCAAGAGCAUGAAACUACCCUCUUCCAGAGACCUUUCAGGAGUCACUCUUUACCCUCACAGCCCCCUUACUGCCGACCCCUAGGAGCUCCCUGACCAGCUGACACUGGCACUAUCACUUGUGACAUUCCAGAGGAGAGCACCAGACAACUGGCCUGUCUCCAAUGUAGUUUACUGCCAAUGAAACUAACUGGAAACUAGCCAUUUCCCAUAAUCAACCUCUGGCUCGUACACUAUAGGACUUAUCAUAGUAAUGUUAGGAGAAGCAGAGCUGGACAAGUAAGGUCUGCUGAGACUUUGAGAUUGUAUAUUGAGAGAAACCAUAGCAGUUAAAUCAUUUCUGUGAACUGAACUGAGAUAAUUGACAGCUGGUUAAUCCCUCGGUUACAGAUAUAAAAGACCUGCAGUGUAGCUGAUUAGUCACGCAUCCUCACGAGGUAUUUAAAAACCAAACAAA